GACAACAUGGCGGCCUCCUGUGCAGCAGCAGGUGAGCUGCUGCUGCUGCUGAGUGUCAACAAACCGACCAAGAUAUUCAACCCGAAGACUUCGUGUUUAUUCCGGAGGAUUCACACGACGAGCUCCAGAGGACGCAGUGAGUCUCAGCCCCGAGCGAGGAGUGCUCCCCAGCAGCUGGUCGGUGUGGUCGGCUUGGAGAUCCACGCCCAGAUUAACUCUAACACCAAGCUCUUUUCUGGCUCACACGUUCGUUUCUCAGCCCCUCCAAACUCCCUGGUGUCAUUCUUCGAUGGAUCUUUGCCUGGCACAUUACCGGUUCUGAACCGACGAUGUGUUGAGGCAGCAGUGAUGACAGGGCUGGCUCUCAACUGCACUAUCAACAGGAAGUCACUUUUUGACAGGAAACAUUACUUCUACGCUGACCUCCCUGCUGGAUACCAGAUCACUCAGCAGCGGCGGCCCGUUGCAGUAGACGGCAUCCUGACUUACAGCCUCUUUGGGGGAAAGAAGAGGAGCCAAGUGAUCAGAAAAACUGUGACUAUAAAACAGAUUCAGCUGGAGCAGGACAGUGGCAAGAGUCUCCACGAUGACGUCCGCAGCCAGACCCUCAUAGACCUCAACAGAGCAGGUGUAGGUCUAAUGGAGCUGGUGAUGGAGCCAGACAUGUGCUGUGGAGAGGAGGCUGCUGCAGCUGUCAGGGAGCUUCAGCUCAUCCUGCAAGCCUUGGGCACCUGUCAAGGCAACAUGUCUGAGGGCCAGCUGAGAGUAGAUGCCAACGUGUCCGUCCACACACCAGGUGAGCCCCUGGGCAUCCGAACAGAGGUGAAAAACAUCAACAGCAUCCGAUUCCUGGCCAGGGCUAUUGACUACGAGAUUCAGAGGCAGAUCAAUGUCCUGCAGAGAGGAGGGAGGGUGCAAAAUGAGACCCGGGCAUAUGAUUCCAAAUCGGGGGAGACGAUUCCAAUGAGGGACAAAGAGGGUCUUCAGGACUACAGGUUUAUGCCGGAGCCCAACCUGCCCCCUCUGAUUGUGUAUGAGGAUAACGCGUCGCUGCCCUCUGGCACUGAUGCGUGCCAGAUGGUGGUGGUGCAGAAGAUAAGGGAAGGGCUUCCAGAGCUACCCAGCAUCAAAAGAGACAGGCUGGUCCAAACAUACGGCAUCCUGCCCGAGCACAGCUUCACUCUGGUGAAUGAGGACGGGCUGGUGGAGUUCUUUGAGGAAGUGUUGAGGGCAACCAAGAAGGAGCCGCGGAAGGUGAUUGGCUGGGUGACAAACGAGCUGCUGUGUCACCUCAAACAACAAGACAUGAGCGUGAGCCAGAGCCCCGUCUCUCCUGCUGCCCUGGCCGAGCUGCUGGAACUGCAGGAAACAGGACACAUCUCCUCUUCAGUUGCCAAACAGGUGUUCCAGGAGAUGUGGAGGUCAUCAGGCAGGACGGCCUCGCAGAUCAUCCAGGAGCAGGAGCUGGGGCUUGUUAGUGACGCUGCGCAGCUGCACAGCAUCUGCCAGAAGGUGGUGGACUCGCAUCCUGAAGAGGUUAGAGCCAUCAGAAAUGGAAACAAGAAAGUUCUGAACAAACUGAUGGGCCUUGUUCAGAGAGAGACCAAAGGUAGAGCCGACCCAGUUCUGGUGAGGGUGAUUCUACAAGAGAAGACUUUGUGAAACUCGGACUGAUCUGCAAGACACAACUACUGUAUAUACCUUAAAGAAGAAGAAGAUAUAUGACAAAGAUGUUGAUGCAGAUCUGACUAAUCAUAUAUAUAUUACAUACCUAUAUAAUGACCUGGUCAUCGAUGGGUUGAUAAAACUAUUGAUGGUCAAGCUGAAAUUGAAGCCGCCGCCCUCAGUUCCUGAGAGGUUGACUUUCUGUAAAUACUGUACAAUGUUUUCACUGGACAACAGCAGCAGCUAUCUUCUGUGUGUGAUAUUUAUGUGUCCAAAGCGUGAUAAAGCUUUUUAGAUCAUUACUCUCUGAAAAUGUUUUAUACUGCAUGUUCAGAUAACGAUCUAAUAUUAAAAUAUGAUAAAACCACACAAAGUGCUUAAAAAAGGGAGAAACAGUGGAUGUGCAGAGAAAAUAUAAUGAUAACAUCAACAGAAUUAUAUGAAUGUAUAAAUAUAUAAAAAGGAUUAAUAAGCGUAAAUAAGUGCAAAUGGCAGAAAUGGUUCUGACAGUGAAUGUGUGACUGGUCAUGAUGGUCAACUGCUGAUGUCAGACUCUCAUCAAGAGAAGCAACAGUGACGGGCAUGAACGCAAUCAGUGAGCGCCCUCUUGUGGUUGAGCCACAUAAUACUUUCUACACAAAGGUCCAUUAAAUGUGGAUUCUCACUGAUCUUGAGGUGCAGAGACUUUGCUUGACAUAAACGUUUGCAUACAAUGUUCAAAUGUGUCCACGAAACAAUGCAUUUCAUAUAAAGGGAAAAUGGCUGAUCAUCGGUUCAGUAAACAUUCAGUCAAAUGCAGAAAUGAAGUCCAAACUAUUACAGCAGCUGUUCCCCUGCAGACAAAUUACAUCUUCCAUAUUGGACGAAUUUCAUUUGAGUCUCAUUCUCCAUGGGAACGGACAUGUUUUGCGGACAUGCUGCAGCAGUAACAGUCUGUUGCUGCUACACACCCUCUAAAACCGUGGGAGCUCUGCCAUGACGAUAUGUCUGCACUUGUUUCUGGAGACUUUUCAUCAGCUGUAGUGCACAACUUUGAAUUUUCUAUCUACAGUCCACGAUGUGACGAUAGAUGUGGGAUGGUUGUGACGCUGCUUGGUAUUUUUGACAUAAGUUCAGUAGUGACAGGAGGUGGCAGCUUCCAGUGCACCAGGAUUUGCCUGAUGCAGAAAAUAAAAACAGUGUUUUCUCCAACAGUUUAUCCCACACUGACUUAUUUUCAUGUUUUUUGACGCAGGUAACAACAUCUUUGACUGACGGGUAUAAAAUAAUGCAAUUUACUCUGCUAAAAAAAGAUUGAUAUUGCGCUCAUGAGCUGUCAAAAGGUUCCAUCACAGUUUGCACGUAAACAGAGGAGGUAAACUCCUGUGAGAACGAGACCUAGUUUUGAGCUAAAUCUCUCUGCAGGGAAUGUUCAUGAAGGGAAAUGUGCAUCAAACAAGAACUUCAAUAUGCAACAGAGCAAACAGCUGCAAAACCACCUCU